UCGCAUGGGCUCCAGACUGUGUCGAGAUGGGGCAGAAUGUGUCCUCUACAGUCACGUUUGUGAUGGAGAAAGAGACUGCCGGGACGGAUCAGAUGAAGAAGAAUGUGACACUGCCACUACAAUUCUUGCAGAGAAUCAAGACUUAAAUGAAUCUCCUGCACCCGUCAAGCCAUUUACUGAAGCUCCCACCAAGCCACUCUGCACCAGUCCUUCAGUUCUGUGCCCAGGUUCAUCUUUAUGCAUCAAGCCAACACAAUUUUGUGAUGGAAAGAACGACUGCCCUGAUGGCUCUGAUGAGAACUGUGUGAAUAGAUGCCCAUACAAGUCUGACUUCCCCUGCAAGGACCUCAGGAGCUGUGUAUCAAAGAAUCUGGUCUGUGACGGUCGCUCUCAUUGCCAGGAUGCAUCAGAUGAGGUCAACUGUCCAAGCAUAGCUCUUCCUACAGCUCGUACAGACAUCCUGAAGUGUCGCAUGGGCUUCAGACUGUGUCGAGACGGGACAGAAUGUGUCCUCUACAUUCACGUUUGUGAUGGAGAGAGAGACUGCCAGGACGGAUCAGAUGAAGAAGGAUGUGAUGCUGCCCAGAUUGACCUUACCACUCCUAUAGAAAACCUAAAUGAAUCCCCUUUACGUGUCAAACCCUUUAUUGAGCCUGCAACCAAGCCCUCCUGCACCAGCCCUUCAGUUGUGUGUCCAGAUUCAUCUUUAUGCAUCAAUCCAACACAAUUUUGUGAUGGAAAAAAAGACUGCCCUGAUGGAUCUGAUGAGAAUUGUGUGAAAAGAUGUCUCUCAGAAAACACCUUCCGCUGCAAAGACCGUCAGAGCUGUAUCUCCAAGAGUCUGGUUUGUGACGGCUACUCUCAUUGCCCUGAUGGUUCAGAUGAGAUUGACUGUCCGAAUGUAACUCCUCCUGCACCACAGACAAACGUCUUGAAGUGUCGCAUAGGCUCAAAGCCAUGUAAUGACGGCAAAGAGUGUGUUUUAUACAGCCAUGUAUGUGACGGAGAGAAUGACUGUACGGAUGGAUCUGAUGAGCAGGGAUGCCCAAAAAACUGCAAACAAGGUGAAUUUCAGUGCUCCCAUGGGAACAUGUGCAUCCCUGAGGCUCAGGUGUGUGAUGGGAAGCCACAGUGUCAGGACCAGUCUGAUGAACUGGACUGCAGGGAACGAACUAAAAGCUGUGAGCAUCACUGCACCGAUGGCAAGCGCUGCAUCCCGAAGAAAUUCCUGUGCGAUGGAGAGAGGGACUGCCUGGAUGGCACGGAUGAGGUGGGCUGUGAUCCAGUUACUGCUACAACACCAGAGUCCCCUGUUCUCACUUCUGCAUCAGCUUGCAUCCCUCCGUCAGUUCUUUGUCCAGGUUCAUCACAGUGCAUCUCUCAAAAUCAGCUGUGUGAUGGUCAAAGAGACUGCCCUGAUGGAUUUGAUGAAAACAACUGUGUGGUCCAGUGUAAUAACCCAGAUGACUUCUUGUGCAGCGACCGGAGGGCUUGUGUCCCCAGGAUGGAAGUGUGUGACGGUCGUGCCCACUGUCCCGACGGCUCAGAUGAGAAGCAGUGUCAAUCUGCAGAUCCUAGUGCUCCCCCAUCCAUCAAUGGACUCGCUGCCAGAUCAGCCCCACUGAGGUGCCGCAAAGGUUUCAAGCCAUGUAAAGAUGGCCUGGAAUGUGUUAUGUACAGCCAUGUGUGUGACGGAGAGAGGGACUGCCAGGACGGAUCAGAUGAAGAGGGAUGUGCCACUCAUUGCAAAGCAGCUGAGUUCCAGUGUGCCCACGGGAAUAGAUGCAUCCCACAGAAGCAGGUGUGUGACGGACAGUACGACUGUCAAGACCGAUCCGAUGAAAUGGACUGUUCAAGCCUGGCUGAGGGCUGCCAUCAGCACUGUGAUAACAACACUCGCUGUAUACCAGAGACCUUCCUGUGUGACGGCGAGAGAGACUGCGCUGAUGGGUCAGAUGAGGAAAAGUGUGGUUUGGUGGCCUGUGCGAUUAACCAGUACCGCUGUGCCAGCGGCCAGUGUGUGUCUGAGGCUCUGAGAUGUGAUGGAUAUGCUGACUGCAGUGACCGCUCCGAUGAGGUGGACUGCACAAGACCCCCUCGCUGUCCAGCGCAGCUCCGAUGCCCGCACAGCCACGAAUGCCUGCAGAAAGAGUGGCUCUGCGAUGGUGAGGACGACUGCAAAGACGGGUCAGACGAGAAGAACUGCAUGUCUCCACCAGCAAAGUGCAGGGAGUACCAGUGGCAGUGUGGGGACAGCAGUCAGUGCAUCCCUCUGUCCUGGAGGUGUGACAGGAAGGAGGACUGUCACAACGGCAUGGACGAGGACAAAUGCAACCAGAGAAAAUGCCCCUCUCACCUUUACCAGUGUGGCAGUGGUGAGUGCGUGGACCCCCUCCUGGUGUGUAACCGCUUCACCAACUGUGCCGACAGCUCAGAUGAGGGCGUGGGAUGUGUUCAGCAGAACUGCUCCAGCCAAUCAGCUCCUCAGUGUGACCACCACUGUGUUAGCACACCAAAUGGCCCGAGGUGUUACUGUGCUGCAGGUUUCAGACUAUACUCCAGUGCUGUGUCCUGUGUGGACAUUGACGAGUGCAAUGCAAUGCCACAUGACGUAUGCAAACACACCUGCCUGAACACCCGUGGGUCUUACACCUGUCAUUGCUACCCUGGGUUCUUCCUGGAGCCUGACAACAAAAGUUGCAAGACCAAAGACGAGCCUUUGCUUCUGGCGUCUGUGCAGUCUGAGCUGUUACUACUGGGAGUCCAUAGUAGCACCUUGCGCCUUCUGUCUUCUGCCAGUCGGCCAGUCUUCUCACUGGAUUAUCACUGGGCUCAGCAGAGAGUUUACUGGCUGAGCCCUGACUACCAGAGCAUCCGCUGGGCUGACGUGAAAAACUCAAACAGCAAAGGGACACUUAUCAAAGGAGUGAAGUCGGAUUCCAUCGCGGUGGACUGGGUUGGUAAGAACCUGUACUGGGUGGACGGACUGGUGGGCCAGAUUCUGGCUGUAAAGCUCAGUGAUAUCACAGUGAGAUCUCAGGACUACACUGUGGUCCUGGGUGAAGAUCUGGAACAGCCAAGCUCAUUGGUCUUGCUGCCACAUAAAGGGUUGAUGCUUUGGUCUGAGAUCGGCAGUACCCCUCAGAUCGAGCGAUCUGGGAUGGACGGUUCAAAGAGGAAAGUGGUGGUGAGCCGAGACUUGAGCUGGCCAGUGAGUCUGGUCUAUGACCAGAUGGGCAACCGGGUGUACUGGGCUGAUGAGAAGCUGCGCUGUAUCGGCUCUGCCUCUCUGGACGGAGACAACGUCAAGAUCCUCCAGUUAGCCGAGACACCGAGCCCUUUCUCUGUGGCUGUCUUCAAUGACAGAGUCUUCUGGUCCGACACGAAAAAAAGAACCAUCCGCUCAGCUGACAAGAACACCGGCAAAAAUCAGAAGGUUCUUCUGAAGAGACCAGGACAGCCAUUUGGACUGAAAGUGAUGCAUGCCCUUUCCCAGCCCACCAUAUCCAGCCCCUGUGACCAGCUACACUGUUCCCACCUCUGCCUCCUGGCCCCAGCAGUGAGGGGCAGGUCUGGAGCACCGGGCACACCGGGAGCUCCAGCAGUAAGGGCUCCUACAGCGGUUUGUCGAUGCCCAAAGGGGAUGCUACUUUCCAAGGACAAGAUUACCUGCUCUCUGCCUAUGGAGUCAAGUUUCAUCCUGCUUUUGUCUCAGACAACGGUCUAUCAGAUUUACUUGCACUCCAUGCGUCGUGAUGGUGUCGCUCUGAAGAAAAUGCCAAACAGCCGAGUUUUGCCCCUUCCCGGGGUAAUGAAGGCCUCAGCACUGGACGUCUCCAUCCAGGAGCUUUCUCUGUAUGUGGCUGAUGAAGGACAAGGAUCUGUGGAUGUGCUAAAACUCAGUGGCUCCAAGUCGAGACAGGGACUGACACCCUCUGGACAAAUCCUAAAGCUGAAGGAUGAUUCUGUAACAGCUCUGGCAAUUGACUGGGUGACCUCCAACCUCUACUGGAGCAGCGCAGAGAGGCCAGAUCUCCAUGUGACCUCUCGCCAUUCCGGCUACACCACCUCACUGCUGCAGGGAUCACUGAAGGGCACCACAUCCAUUGCACUGCAUCCCCCCUCGGGACGACUUUGCUACACAGCAAUAGUUGGGGUGGGUGAUAAGAUCCAGUCAGAGGUGGACUGUGCCUGGAUGGAUGGGCGGAACAAAGCAGUGUUGUGGAGGAAGUCGAGUGUCCCCACCUCGCUGGUCUUUUGCCAUCAAGGAAGCAUGAUCUACUGGGCUGACACAGGUGAAGGUAUAAUCAGCUCUAUUGGAGUGAAUGGAACAGGAUAUAAACAGUACAAAGCGGGGCCAGGUCUGCUCAUCUCCUUCACACAUACAGAGAACAUCCUCCUCUGGGUCACCUUGAACAAAGAUGUAACUAAACUGUGGUUCAGUGACGGCCUCCAACCUAACCAACUGUGGUUUGAGACAAAGACCAGCCUGGUAGGAGUCAGAGCCUAUAGCACCGACAGUCAGUCUGGAACUAAUAGCUGCUCCCUCAAGAAUGGCGGAUGCGACCAUCUGUGUCUGGCCUAUCCCGGAGGUCGGACAUGUAAAUGCGGGCAGCGCUUCUCCGCUUUCAAUGCCACUUCCUGUGUCCCACUCCCCGACUGCCCCACUGGGGAAGAAUACUGCUUUGACGACAGCAAGUGCAUCAGCAGCAGCGAGUUCUGUGACGGACACGUGGACUGUCCAGACCGGUCAGAUGAACGGGACUGUUCAAACAAAAACUCUGCCUCGCCUCACCCCAACUCCCAAAAGAACUCUGUUCUUUCAUUCAAAAAAGACUCUACAUCCUGCGACCUCCAGCACUGCCACGGACACGGCAAAUGCAUUGCAGACAGCAAAGUCCCUCGCUGCCAGUGUGUGGCUGGCUACAAGGGAGAGUUCUGUCAAGAGACCGAAACUGGACAAAAACACGUGGCUGUGAUCCUGGGCGUCUUGUGCCUCAGUGCUUUAUUGGUGGCUGCUGCUUUUAUUUUUGCUAAAAGGAGAGCCUGGGCAUCCAUCAGAAGCAGAUCCAUCGAGAAAGAAACUCUGAUGGCUAACAUGGGCCUACCGUGUGAAAACUACGAUUCAGACUCUGAGGAACUCGAGUCCCCAGUAGACGUGAAGAACCCCCCACUCGAGUUAAAGUCACUACAACUUAAAUAGAAGUUCUGCAUUCUGAAAUAUGGCAUCCAGUAAACACCUAGUGGCUGAUGCUGAGGAUUAUAUUUGCUGGGUUGGUUUCAUGACAACUCUGAAGGCUGCUGACAUUACAAGUAAUGUCUGAGGAUGCAUUUCACUUCAAACAUACUGAUGGAGACGGUCUUUUGGUGCAA